UCCUCAUCAUCAAAACCCUCCCCUCAUCCAAUACCUCUUCAUCCGAUUAUUAUUCCUCCAUAUUAACAACAAAAAAACCUAAUUCUAACUUAUAAUUCAUUCAUAUUCAUAAGCCACUUUAAUUCACAAUCGCAAAUUACAUGAUCGUAAUCUGCACUGGUUUUGAGCUCGGUUUUCUGGAAUAAACAAUGGACUUCCGAUCUCAUUCUUGUUACCGAUUUCAAGGAAUUAUCGAUUGUGUUACAUGUGCUAUUUGGACAUUUGGGUUAGGUUUGGGAUUUGAAGAGGCUGUUGCAAAGAUUGGAAUGCUAAUUAGAACCGAUAGAUAGUGAAUAGUUUUAUGUAGGUAUGAAAUAUAGCUAGAUUUCCAUGUUAAGUUUCUGCUGUACGUGUGUCUUAGAUCUAUAUAGAUAAUUUAAAUUCCCGGUUAGAACUUUGGUGUAGUAAACUAGGUUAGUAGUUUAACGCUUUUCAUAGAUUUAGGAAGUCAAAAAAAAAAAAAAAAAAAAAAAGAAGAAGAAGAAAAGAAAAAAAAUAACCAUGGGCUUGCCUCAAGCCUCGUCUAGCAAACUUGCCGAAGAAGUAACUGCAUCGUUCAGCACUUCAGUCCAGUCACCGCCUCAUUUUCACGGAUUAAGCAGCUGUGACAUGAGCGGAAUGCACGUCACUCGUGUGCCAGGUGUGAUCAGUUCCACAGAUAUCUCCAAUUUACACAGAGAUAAACACGUAAACUGGCAGAAACUUAGUUCGUCGGAUAAGAUUACAACGCUCACUCGCAAAACCGGACGAAAUGUUCAAACUGCCGUUUCCAGAAUUGUCGGCUUUGAAUCAAAAUCAUCAAGCUCUUCUGGUUUUGUAUUUGAUGGUAUGCAGACUGAUAAUACUACUGAUAAUGUCCCAGAGAACAGUGGAGCUAUAGUUAGGAAAAGGUUAUCAUCACCGUUAAACGGCUUGAUUUUACCAAAUCAGUUCGACCACAAGCCACAAACCAGCUCCGAUAACGAUCUUGUUUCCGCUUUUCAAGAUCAUAAGAAUACUGAAAUCGUGAUUCCCAAAAUCGUGACACCUAUCGUGUUGUCACCGACUAGUUUUCAACAAUGCAAGAACAGGGAAAGCGUAAGUUUCGGAAAAAGUUCUGUUUUUUUCACCGACGGUCCUGUGCUCGAGAACACAGAUUAUCAGUCAUUUAGUUCUUUAUCAUCUUCACCAGGAGUAGAUGGCAUAGAAUCAACAUUACGGUCUUUGAAUUCGCCCAUAGCAAUACCUUCAAGAAAAGCGGUAUCGUCUCCUCUGUCUUUAUCCCCACUCGGUCCAAAGUUCUCGAGAACGUCAAAACCGUCUAGGGUUCUGACCAAUGAGUUAGACGAUAAUCAUCUAACCAUGAAGGAGUUAGAGUUAUCUCUUGACGGAACCAUUUCCGAUAUUCUAUCGUUACAAGAAGAUUUUAGAAUCGGUAGAAAAUCUUUUCCGAAUACCCCGGAGACGAUGAUCGAAAUGUCGGGUGAUUGGGGUCAAGAUUCGUCUUACUUGACCCAAUCUCCGAAGUUAUGUAGGACCCCCAGUGGACUACAAGUGAGACGGUCAUGGAUUGGGUCCUUCGAAGAGUCGUUAUUAUCGGGUCGUUUAGCUUCAUCCGCAGUCAGCCAGAAGAUUGAUGGGUUUCUUGCGGUUUUAAACGUUACCGGAGGAAGUUUUUCACCACACCCUCAGAAACUUCCAUUUGCGGUAACAAGUGUGGACGGGGAUAACUUCUUGCUUUACUACUCAUCCAUUGACCUUGCUGGUCAACCUUCGCCAAACAAACCUAAAAGUCAAAAAAUGAAAAGGAGCCUUAGCAUUGACGAUCCACAAGUAGAAAGAAGUCGUUUGCGGGUCCCUAUGAAAGGUCGCAUACAAUUGGUCCUGAGCAAUCCCGAAAAGACUCCAAUUCAUACGUUCCUUUGUAACUACGACUUGAGUGACAUGCCAGCUGGCACCAAGACAUUUCUGCGGCAGAAGGUGACCUUAGCGUCAACAACACCAGCUUCUAAAACAGGGGGUGCAUCUUCUGUGCGAAAUUCACCAAAAGCAAAUGAGAACUCGAAUAACACAGGGGUCUUACGUUAUGCUCUCCAUCUGCGUUUUCUUUGCCCGGCUUUAAAGAAAAGUUCGAGGACCGUUCAAAGGUGCAAAUCAGAUCCAUUAUCAGUACCAGAAACGAACUCCAAAAACCUUGGAGCAGAAAGACGGUUCUAUUUGUAUAAUGACAUGCGGGUUGUGUUUCCUCAACGCCACUCUGAUGCUGAUGAAGGCAAGUUGCAUGUGGAAUAUCAUCAUCCGUCGGAUCCCAAGUACUUCGACAUCAGCAACUAAAAGGUCGAGUUAUCUUGUUUGAUUACAAUCUCUGUAAAUAUUGUUUUAAAUAAAAGUAAUCUUAUCUGGUGAUGGAGUUAAAAAUUCCGUUACUGCUGUAUAGAUUUUCAUUUACAAGUUAGAAUUUGUUGUCACCAGAUGUAAAUUUGUACAUUCUUUCAAGAAAUAAAUCAGUUUCCUCAACACCAUUGCCCCUCCUAAUUUCGGAUGUUGGGCAUGUUUGUGUAA